UUCUAGACCAGUAUUUGUUUAUGGAGUUUUAUUUUUGUAAUAAAUUUGGUGUAGUAUAUUAAACGGGAAAUCUGUCUUCUGAAGGCUUGUUUCCCAGUAUUUUAUAUUGGAUGAUUUUUUAUUAUAAUUUUUGUUUAUGGAGUUUUGUAAUAAAUUUUGUCCAGUAUAUUAUACGGAAAGUCUGUCAUCUGAAUGUUUGCCCUCCGGUAUGUUAUACUGGAUGAUUAUUAUAAUAUACUUGAGUUUUGUUUAAUUCCAGUAUAUUUUACGGGAAGUCUGCCAUCUGUAAGCUUGUUGUCCAGUAUGUUAUAUUAGAUGAGUUCUGUUUAGACUAGAGUUUUGUUUUAUUUGUGAUUACUUUUUUUGAAUGAUUAUUUGUCUUUUUAUUAUUAUUAUGUUCUUUGAUUAUGUUUCUUCGUUAUACCUCAGUAUUUGUUUCUGGAGUUUCAUUGCUUCUAAUUAAUUUGAUCCAGUAUAUUAUACUGGAAGACUGCCAUCUGUAGGUUUUAUUGUCCAGUACUUUAUACUGGAUGGGUUCUGUUUUAUAUACUGGAUUCUGAUCGUAUUUACUAAUCUAAUUUGUAAUAUUCUUUGUUUUCAUGAUUUUAUAGAAAGGGAAUCUUAAGUAGUAUAUUGAAGGUACGGAUUUCUGAAAUGUUCAAGUUUUUAUCUUAAAAUUAUAUGAAAUGCUGUUUAUAUGUGUUGUAUUUUAAUUUUAGGAGGGAGAUAGAUUUUAUGACUUUAAGGAGUGGUUUCCUGCUGAUUGUUAUUGAAAAGGCGAUCGAAAUUUUAAGCAAAUUAUGUCAUCCUUUUUGUCUGGAACUCAAAUGGAUGUGUUGAAGAACAGUGUAUUUGGAAAGUUUUUAGAGUUGAAUGAAGAGAGUCACUCUGGGAAGUUGACUCAUUGUAUGUUGCUAUCUCAAUUUUUCUUCAAUUUCUGGAUCUGUAGAGGAUUCACAUGAUAUCAAAGAAUACGACGUCAAUAAUGAACAUGGGAAAUUAGAAGAUUUUAAUUUAGAAGCGAUAAAGGAAGGGACUUCUGGUAUUGAAACGUAAAGUUGUAUAUUUAAAUUUUUUUUAUUUAUAUUUUCUAACAUAUUAAUGCAUAUUUUAUGUAGCAUCUGGUUUUGUUGAUGUUGGAAUUCCGGAUGAAGAUAAAUGGUUAGAAAUAUGUGAUUCAGAGGCUCAUAAAUUAACAGCUGAGCUUUGUAAACAAACAACAAAUGAAGAUAUUUCGUCGGGUAAGAUGACUAAACAGUCAUGCAAUGAAGAUGUUCCAGCUAUAGAGGUUUAUAAAAAAAUCAUCAACCAAGAUGAUUUCAGAUCAUGAAAUUGAGAUGACUGACUCUCAGAUUGAUUGUCAGAUUCAUAAAUUAACUUUCGAGUUUGUUAAUGAGUCCAUAGGUGUUGCUCCUGUAAUGUCAUCUAUUCCAAAAUGCUCUACACCUAAAGAUGCUGCAACUUCUUCCUUGCCUAUUCAGUCAAGUUUUGAAGGUGUCCAAACUUAUGAGGUUUCGGACGACUCUAGUCAAGAAGAUGCAACAAGAAUAAGAAAACUUGUUGUACCUCGUGUUAUUGUGAAAGGGGAUCACCCUUUCAAAACGUCAAUUACUGAAGAAAUUCUUGUAUCAAUUAGUGAUGAGUUUAGUAAGUUUGUUCAAACAAAGUUAAUUCAAACUCGCAGGUAAUUUUAUAUAUUUCUUUAUGUUUUGAUUGUAGUUUCUUUGUAAUGAUAGUUUGGACUAUUAUAUUUAUGUAUUUAUUAAAUCUUUUUAGGAAGAAGGGGUACAAAAAGAAGGAUGAUAUACUGGAGGAACAGUUUAAUCUUGGAAUUGCAUUUAUAGCUGAGAGGACAUGAUUUUUUGAACUUUAUUAUUCAGGUAUAGGUAUCAAUGAGACGGUAUGUCAACAUACAUUAUUUUUUUAUUUUGUUUUAGUAUCGGUAUAUGUGUGUAUAUUCAAUUGAUGUCUGUUUUCUUUUUGUAGCAUAUUGAUAUUAUAUUCUAUUACCUCCGAAAGAAAGAAAAAUAUGGAAACAUAAGGAUGACAACUACCGAUAACUAUUUCAUUUCUACCAUUGAAGAGGUGUAGAAUAAAUCAACCAUAGAUAGCUUGAAUGUAAAAAAAACAGAUAUUUGAGUUGACAAAGAAAUUAAAAGAGUAUGUGCUUGGGUUUUACAUUCUUUAUAACACCCCCUGGCUUUUCGUUAAUUAUGUUCUUAUGCCAACCAAUGUAAAAGAUGCAUGGCAUUGGGUGUUGGACGUUCUAUCUUUGCCUGAUGGCUGCAUAUACGUAUAUAAUUCAAUGAGAUCCCCAAGACAUGAUGUUGUAGUUCGUAAAGCAUUGCACUCAUUUGUUGUAAUGAUACCAUUGUUGCUCAACACCACUACAUUUUAUGAGCAAAGAAGUGACAUUACAACGAAUAGAUCACAUUACUUGGAAAAAGAGGAUCUAUCUGAACCAUUUCCUCUUAUAUCAGUGGAUGACUUGCCUCAACAGGAAAAAGUUGAUUGUGGUAUAUAUUAUUCUGCAUUUGCGGAAUAUUUCAUUGAAGGCAAGAAGAUACCUGUUGACAAGAACAUCUUUGAUCCUACACGUGUACAAACUAGAUAUGGAGUAUUAUUAUACAAUUAUGGUAAGAAGAAGCAACUGGAAUAUCUGGUUAGUGAAGAUGAGGCCACUGGAAGAUUAGACAAACCUUGCGUUUCAAAAAGGCGCAACACACAUACCAAUAAAUAGUUUUUUUAUUUUUUUACUGUAAUUGAAAAGAUAUUU